UUGAUUUAACACGUAUCACGACUGUGAGUUUUUCAUCUAUUGUAUAAUUGGUCAUGGAUUGUAAACCACUGAAUCCAUUUAUUGAAACAAAGGUCCGAAUGUGGUACCGCUUGCAUAAUAAGAAAAGAAACGGUUUCAUGAGUAGAAAGGACUUUAUAGAAAUGGCUGACUCAUUCAUUGCAGAAUUUAAACUAGACGCUGAAAUGGCACAUGAAAUUCGCUCCUGGCUUGUGGAUGGAUGGUCAGGACUGAUCAAGUUCAUGAAAACAAUCGGUGAAGGUACGAAACCUAAUAUUCCAAUUGAUAAAAUACCAACGGUUUUAAUGGUAGCUGAAAAACUGUCAAAAGAUGGCACCAUAACAGAAGAUGAAUAUACUAAAGCCUACGCGGAGUCGUUACAAAUUCAGCCAAGUCCAUUUCCUGCAUGUUUUUCUGAGAUGCUUUCAUUCUUCUUCAAGAUAUUUGAUACCGAUAAAGACGGAUUUGUUACCGAAAAGGACUUUGCAAGGGGAUGGAGAUGUUUUGGCAUAGAAAAUUCCAAAGCAGUAAAAGCAAUAUUUGCAGAACUAGAUCCAUCUGGAACUGGCAAGGUUGACAGGGAUACCUACGUUGGCGCUUGGUUGGAAUACAUGACAGGAAUGGAUAAAAACGCUCCACUCGCCAAAUAUUUUACCCCUGACAUUUUGUAAGGUGGAUUGAAGAGAACACAGCGUUCGUUGGUUUUCGUGUUUUAUGUUGUCGGAGGUCUUCUAUGAACAAAAUAUUGGAAAAGCAAACGUAUUAUUUUGUGUGACAUUUUAAGAAUGUGUUAAUGAUUUUACAAACUUUGCUAUGAUAUUUCAUUCAGGUACAGUUGUUUAGUGGCAAGAAUUCAUAUUUUUAUAUGACUUAAUUCUUUUUGAUGUUUAGGCGAAAUGUAAUUUAGAUUUUGCAAUUAAGAAUUUGAAAAGACAAAGAAAAGCUAGUAAUUGAUAUAUUAAAGUUAACGAAGCUAAAUUUAAACUUGAUGAAUAUAUGUGCAAUAGAUUUAUAGCCUUUAUGUAUGUUUAUAUGUUGUGACUAGAAUGUAACAGUAAAACUUGA